UGAAAUGUAUCUAGUAGAACUUCUGACUAGUCUGUUUACCAAGAUAUUGGAAAGUAAAAGGAUCCCAGAGGAAUGGAGGAUAAGUGUGCGCAAUUCAUGUGCAAGUUUACCUCCUUCGUGAUGUUCCUCAACAUGUUCAGCAGCAUCUUUCUUCUCGUCAUCAUCAGUGUGGAUCGCUGCAUAGCUGUCAUCUUCCCUGUUUGGGCACAAAACCAGCGCACAAUAAAGAAAGCUUCUGUGAUAGUUUUUCUUGCAUGGGUUUUUUCAGUCUCAUUAAGUGUCCCAUCCCUCAUUUUUCGUGACAUUCAACACCAUCUAGACAGAACCCGCUGCCACAAUAAUUACAAUUGCCAUGACAGUCACAAUUCUGUAUCGAUCAGUCGGUUCAUUUUUGGGUUCUUGAUGCCAUUCUUGAUCAUCAUUGUCUGCUACUCAAUUAUCUUUUUUAAGCUGAGAAGCAACCAAAUGGCAAAGUCUUCAAAGCCGUUUAAAAUCAUGACAGCUCUCAUUGGGACUUUUUUUCUGUGUUGGCUGCCGUACCACACAUUCAUGCUGGCUGAACUGAACCACGGCUUCCCCAUCAAAAUCAUUGCUUUCGGGCUCAAGAUUGGAACCUUAAUCGCUUCAGCUAAUAGCUUCCUCAAUCCAAUUCUCUAUGUUUUUAUGGGCAAUGAUUUCAGGCGAAAGUUUAAGAACUCUAUCCUGUCCAAGAUCGAAAACGCAAUAGGAGAGGAAGGAUGCACCACGAAUCGCUACUUAUCCCGUUCCAGUUCUAUGGAUGCCAGAACAUCGACACACAUUUGAUUUGACAUGGAACUAUAAAACAGAAAUGUAGGAUCUGAUUAAUUUGUACAUAGUGUAUUUCAAUUCAAUUUAUUUCAGUAUAUUUUCAA